CAGGUGUCCAAAUCUACUAUUGCUGGAAUUAUAUCUGAAGUUCAUAUAUCUCGUGAUGUUCUUCUGGAGCACUCUGUGCCUUCUUCCUGCCUGGUUCCUGAAUUCAGUUUAUCAGGUGAUAAUGUAGCAACAGCUAUUCAAACAGCCAACAAUAUUAUAAACGCAGCUGCUCUUGAAGAACAGAUUCAAGCAGAUAUUCCAGUUGCCUCUUUGAAUGUAAUUGAAGACAAGACUUCAGCUACAUCAACCAUUGCUUUGGUUGAUGCUGAGACACAGAGAACAAAUGAAACAAAGAGCUACCUUCAACAAGCUGUUGCAAACCUAGAAAUCAAGCUUUGUACUGCUGAAGAAGAAAAAUUAAAAAUUAAAAAGGAAUUAGAAUAUUUACUGGAAAAACAUAGUAUUCUAGAGAUGGAUUUAUUGAAGGAAAAAAAAGAAAAAGUAAUUUCACAUCAAGAUCAUUACAAGGUGCUCCAGGAAAAGCAUAAACAGGAGUUAGAAGACAUGAGAAAAUCUGGACAUGAAGCUUUGAGUAUUAUUGUUGAAGAAUUCACGGCACUGCUGCAAUCUACAGUUCAACAGCAAGAAGCAGCUACUGAAAAACAGUAUAUACUAGCAAUUGAAAAACACUCUCACAAAUGUGAAGAACUUCUUAAUGCUCAGCAUCAGCGACUUCUUGACAUUUUGGAAGCAGAGAAGGAGGUGUUAUCAGAAAAGAUAGAAGAAGCCUUGAUGCAGCAGUCGAAAAAACACAAGGAAGUGCUGGACAAAUGUCUGGAUGAAGAAAGACAAAGAAGUAAGGAGGCUGUGGCAGCUGCUGCAAAGGCUGAAAAAGAAGUAGUGCAGGAGGCUGUUCUGAAAGCAGUAGAGGAGGAGAGGAGACAUAUGGAGAAGAUUCAUGCAGACGAAAGAAAAAUGUGGGAAGCAGAACGCGAGAGACAUAAAGAGGAGAUUGCCCAGGCUGUUUGGGAAGCCAUGCAAGAGCAAAGAGACCGUAGUCAA